AUGCAGAUUGAACAUCGACGGCUCAAACGAGAAAUUCGACAGGCAAAGCACCAGCGCAUUCUCAAGGUUCUGGAAGAAGCGGAGUUGGCGGCGCAGCGUGGUGACACUAGGAGCUUGUAUCAGUAUGUCAGGCUUUCAGUCUCUGCUUCUGUGGAUAGCUGGAAAUCACAUGUGCACGACGUGAGCAUCAAGCUGGAGCGCAUUGCGAUUCAAGCGCUCACGGGACCAGAUCCCAGCGUCCCUGAAGAUUGGCUGCAGGUUCAACUGGCAUGGCUCCCGAAGCCUAGCAAGCCACCAACCGAGGCCAGCCACCUGCGUACGAUAGGGCUCAUGACUCCGGAUUGCAAGGCUUUCCUCAUGAUCCUGAAAAAGUUUGCGAACCCCUUUGUCCAGGAAAGGAUGAACAUCUACCCACAGUACGCCUACAGACAAGGCGCUUCUACAUCGGAUCCUAUCCUCAGGGCGAGUUUGCACUGCAGUCAAGUUCGGCAGGACCUUGCAAAAUGUGCGACCGAUCUAACAUCGAAGAUCCUGUACAAGGCGCAACCGGAGCUCUGUGGCGGCAUCAUGGCUAAUUUGGAUCUUCGUAAAGCUUUCGACUCAUUGCCUUUCUCGGAGCUGGAAACGGGCAUGCCCAGUGAGCUUGCCUCGGUUAUCAUGGAUGUACAUGUACGCACCACGCUGCAUAUUCGCCACGGAGGUGACCAUGGAAGCGCGACAAUGACCAGAGGACUCAGGCAGGGCUGUCCGAUUGCACCGAUGGUGUAUGCCGCGUGGACAUGCCGUAUAUGCAGAUUACUUAACCAAGCAUUGGGCAAGCAUUGGGCAUCAGAGCAUUUGAGUAUGUAUGCUGAUGAUAAACAUGCCUUCUGGAGGGUUUGCUCGGUGUCUUCAUUUCGACGGGCUCUUUCACAGCUGAGGGUUGUGAUACAAACGCUGAGGGAGGCGAAAAUGGAGGUGAAUGUCGGUAAGUCCGCGGUGGUGAUUGCGCUGAAGGGUACUCAAGCGCAACGCGUUCUCCAUGUUCACACGCGCACAUGGAAUGGCAUAGACAGUCUGGUGCUACGUCAAGAUGGCCAGUGCACGAGCAUCUACAUACCCUUGGCAGAGCAGCUACCGUACUUGGGAGUUGUGUUGUCCUACAGGCAGUUUGAGCUUCACACGGCACAGGCUCGAUGUUCCCGCGCUGACAAGCUCUUCGGCUCGCUCAGGCGGGUCCUAAGAACGCGUGGACUCUUAAGUACCGCUCAACGUCUUCGCAUUUACAAGGCCUGUGUAGUUCCGGCGCUCCACUAUGGCAUCAUGGCGGUGGGAGUGAACCAGGCUGUACUGAAGCUGUUGAUUUCCACACAUGCGCAGCAUCUACGCAAACUGCUUCGGGUUUACGAACAUGGAGUGACUAACUCAGAAGUUAUGCAGCGUGCCCAACUUGAUCUCUACUCAGAGCUGGAGGCCAAGGCUAAUCGCCAGGUGUUGGCAAUCUGCAACGACGCAGGUCGGGAUGUACAUCUACGACGGCUUGAGGAAGCUCGAGCACAGUGCAACCAGAAGGACCUGCGGCAGCUGGGCGGAUUACCCAUUUCAAUGUGCUUGCCCAGGGCGGAGGCCACGCUACAGCAGGUCAUUAAUGCCUGGUAUCGCGAAGGGGAGUACAAUGCACUCACCUAUACGGAUGGAGUGGUUGUGAUUCAGCUUGGCAGGUUCGUGAACGGCCGAAAGAAUAUGACUCCCAUCUCGGUGGAAGAGGCCUAUGGCUUCCAUUUUUCGCUGAGGGCAUCAACGAUGAUGGACGGAGGGCUGAGCCAGUCUGUUUCAGUGCCAUACACAAGCGUCAUGGAUACUUGGUAUGGCUCCUCAAGUCCAGUGCGUAGCUCCUUGACCCUUUCGGUCAUGGGGGAUGCCAUGCAGGAGGCUGAGCAGUUCUUCUUUGAUCUUUACAUGCCCCAUGGUAAACCGUCGGAUGCAGAUCUUGCUACUGAAGUGCCUUCCUCUGAGAUCUCGCGAGAAUCUGAAGCCAGAGGGGCCAAGCUAGCUCGUAUGGCAGCGAAUGGCAAUCCUGGGGAUAAGGGAGGUCAGGGCAAGGGCCGAAAUGGGUAUGGAGACCGCAAACGAGGUGCACAGCCUUGGACAUACAGGGGAGGCCAACAAGGCGAGUAUGGACACUGGGAUCGUCGGCACUGGCAGGGACAUGACAAAUCGGAGGCGGACAUCCAGCAAGCUCUGCAUACAUUGCAGAAGCUUGUGCUUCGGCAUGAAGACUUGUCAUCUUUCUUCGGAUACAUGCUCACAGCUCUGUUGUCCAACCCUUGA